UAAAAUAUGGGAUAAAGGAAGCCAAUUCGAAGAACAGACAAAAGAGAAAGAUAAUGGUAUUCACGGCGAACCCAUUAGCUCUAAGCGUUCCUGAACCCGCUUUCGAGUCCUGGCUCCGAGACUCCGGCUACCUAGAAAUCCUCGACGAGCGGACCUCCGACCUCCACCGCAUAUCUGCCGCCACCGCCACCACCACCAAGCCCCAUAAUUCCGCCGCCGGCUCCACUUUCUCUUCUAUUAACUGUAGCGGCUUCCUCUUAUCACUUUUCUCCCGCUUUUGGACCCUUUUCUCGCUCCUCACUUUCAACCCCUUCUCCAAGCUCGUCGCCGAUGACUUCUCCGGCGACACGCCGUCUUGGACCCUCGCGUUCUUCGGCUCCUCUAAUUCUUACUCCUUUCCAGCUUCUCCUUCCCAGGCCCGCCUCCGUGUCCAAGAGAAUGUCAAGCGCUUUGCCCGCAAUUACGCCUUACUCUUCAUCGUGUUCUUGGCUUGCUCUCUAUAUCAAUUGCCGCUAGCUCUCAUUGGGUUGAUAUCAUGUUUGGCACUGUGGGACAUAUUUAAGUUUUGUGCUGAUCGGUGGGAAUUAUAUAGGCGCCCUUAUCUCAGACAAACCUUGCUUCAUAUUGCGCAGUGUGAGUGAGUUAAACAUAUUAUCUUCCCAUGAGAAGAUUGGACCACAUGCGGAUAUGCUUAUUUCAAGUUUCUGCAUGGAUAUGGAGCAUGUAAGUUGCCCAUUUGAGUUAUAAAAUGACACAAAAGCUUGUUUCCACUGAAAAGUCCAUAUUACCUGAAGUUGAACAUAAAUAUGAUAUAAUACAAGCGAAACAAUGACUGAUACCUUUCCCAAGAUAUGAGAUUAUAUGUCUAUCAUAGAAUUAUGACACCACCUGUCUUCAAGUUUAAUGGUGAAAGGCACAGCUUAUGUCAAGUGGAAAUUUCUUUGCUACUGGUGGCUGGUGAUACCAAUAACUAGCUGAGUUUUUAACUUUCUAGAAUAUAAUGUACAUCACCAUCUUUGAAGUGUCAUCUUCUACUUCAUCUUCUUUUUGAAAAGGUAGGAUGCAUGGGUCUUACUAUAAUUCCAAAAGAAUUCCACAACUUGGGAAGUCAAUGGGACUUUGGGUUCCUAAUUUUUGUAGUACAGGUUGUUGUUGGAAAGGAGCACAUGCAUGAUUGAGAAGUUUAUAAUAAAAUGGCCUUUUUGGUCAUCAUGACUGAUGUUCUGAGAACUUAGUGCUGGUUUGUGCUUUGUUAUUUGUGUGUAAUGUAUUAUGAAAUAGUGAUUGAUAUUGAAAUGUGUGGUUAAAAAAGAAAGAAAA